GUACCCUUUCCCUCUCAUCUCGGUCGGCGUGAAAACGCUCCCGAUACCAUGUCCAUGGCUAACCCGUACCUCAUUGCUUCCGGCUUCCACAACAAACACCUCUUUGUGGAUGCUCUCGCAAGAAGCAAGGAUUGUGGCCGGGUUGGUGGUGGGGUCCACGAGAACCCAAUUUGUCAACCUACCGUUCCCUGUUAGGGUGGUGCUUGAGAGGAUUUCCUCGCGCUUGAGGUAUUGCUUUAGUGUUAGGUGUUCGCCCCAGUAUCCUUUGUGCGCGCUGCGGAUUUGGACGAGCUCUUCGGGGGUAGGGUUGCGGAGGUGGUGGUUUGUUGUUGGCAUGGUAAGUUAUUUGGUUCGGGCUUUCGGUGGUGGGUCUGUUGGGGGAGGAGGGUGGGUGGUAAUCAGCUCAGAGGAGUGGGAGGGGGCGGGGGUAUAAAGAGUGGAUUUUUAGGUUUUUUUCUGGGUAGGCGAUCUGAUGGGUUCGCCUCGUCCCCAUGUGGUGGAUGGGAGAGAGGGAGAGGAAGGGGAUCGGGGGUACAGUACUUGUACCCCGCAUUACCAGCUAUUAUAUGAUAUUAUAGCUAUGAAGCUCGUCGUAGCUUGUCCGUCAUGGUGUGCCCCGUAACCCCUAUAACAUUAGAGAUGGGUUACGGUUGAGGCUGGGCUACGGUUAUGCCUCGUGACUUGGAUUGGCAACUGCCAGGGAAGGAGGUUGUGGAAGAUGCCCGUGAUCCGGAUUGUGAUGCAAGGGACAUGGAUGGAUGGAUGGGUGGGGAUCGGGGGAGAGAGCUAAUUUACCGGUAUCCCUACAUUAUCACAUCAUUAUAUUGAUUGUCUACCCGUCGUUGUUGUUGUGUGAUUACAUGGAAUGUACAAGUACGGUACUGACGUCUACAUAGAUACAUGGGUAGGCACACGUGGGUUAAUGAUAAGAAGUGAGGUUUUCUCCAGGUUUAUUACCGAAGAUAGCUUUCCUUCCUCUCCCCUCUCAUCGCGCAACCUAGGAGCUCCUGAAUGCAUUCCCCAAAGGUUAAAUUUCGUAUGUCGACUUGAUUUAUUUGACGGGGACGAGUUUUAUCGAUUUCCAAAAUACUUGAGGGAACUGAAUGAAUUCGAAAGAGAAAACUCCACCGUAAAAAAAAGGUAACAGGAAGCCAACAAGAGCCUUGUUUGGGCAAUUCAUCGACAAUCAAGAUGCUUCUAGGCCUCAUUUUGCUGAUAGAGCCAGGGGGGUUAUCGUCAUACUUGUAAAGCUGUUGGGAAAUGUCAUAGGAGUUUAUUAAUGAGACAACUCGACUUUUUUUUUUUUUUUUUUCAAAGUGUUCUGGAAAUCGCAAUAAACUCCGGUUGGUAAAGAGUAUGAUACAUAUUGUUGGUGUUAUCAUAAGUUACUCCGUUAUGAGUGGGGGGACUUUGUAUCAUAUCUUCGGCAAGGUGGACCGAAGGGAAGCGGUGGAAAGCGGGAUUGAGAUUGAUGAUGGAAGGUGGUCCAAAGAGGGAUGAGUUCGGGAUGCUUGCCUUGUCAUUUUUAUCACUACAAUGACAUUGUUGGAAUUACCAUGGCAUUGUUAGGAUUGUGCUUUUCCUUUCAUUUGUGGAUGGCGACGGAGGGGUGUUAUUGUUUCUUUGUUUACAUUUCUUUCUUCAAACGAACCACUUUACUACCCUUCUUCCCUGCAGUAACGCGAACAUCAACAUCAUCACGAUAUGGCAUACAAUAUGCGACAAAGUAACUUUAGAGGCUCUCAGAGCAAUUCGAAGGCCCCGGGCUCGACCAUGAAGGGAAAACAGCAACAGCAGCAAUAUGCCGCAGAUAAUCAUCUCUUACUCAAAGAUAAUGAACUGGUCGACUGCAUCAGCGAGCUUGGUAUCCCCUUCCAAAUGGAGGACCUCAAAAAGCCCUCCCCGCAAAAGAUCCAACUGGUCUUUGAAAUGUUCGCCGACCUCCUCAUGGGCGUCCGCAAGGAGACCGUCGAACCGGUGCUGAACGCCGCAGCACAACAGGUUCUCGAGUUCCCCGAUACGCAAACCGACUCGCACACCCUCAUGGCCUUCUACGUAUCCCUCAGCCAGCUCAUGCUCGAGUGCGGAAUCGAGGACUUCACUUUCAAUGACUUGGCGAAACCGGACUCUACGCGCCUGACCAGGAUACUCAGCUACGUCAUCAACUUUACCAGGUUCCGGGAGGAGCGGGCCGGUGUCAUCGACGAGCACUUUGGCAAAGCCCAGAAGGCGAAGGAGAAGAUUGAGCAGCUGUACUUUGAGAACGAAGAUCUGAAUAAUCGGCUGCAGGAGUUGAAAAUGCAGAGGCUUAAGGAGGAGCCUAUGAUCAAUAAGGCGAAGAAGGUCCUGAGUGCGCUUGUGGCAGAUUUGGAGACGGUCAGGAAAAGGCAGGGGGCACUUACGAAUGAUUUGGACAGGUUGAAGCAGUUGAAGGUUUCCCACGUUCAGACACUGGAGGAUCGCCAAUACCUCAAAGUGAAAACCCAGCAAGAAAACAACAAGAUCCGUCCAUACAUCGUCGACUCCCCGCAAAAGCUGCAGCAAGUAAUAACCGAUAUGGCCAACUCCCUCGGCGCAGAAAAGGCGGCACAUGACAGCCUGGAGCGCAAGUCCCGCUCUCUCCAAACCUCAGCAGACUCCUUCGUGAUUGUGGAACAGGACGUAGCUGGCUGCGUCAAAGUUAUGGAAGAGGUCGAGCAGGAGCUCGUUAAGGAGGAGGAAACCUCAAGACGGGCAUCUCGCCACACCGAAAUCCUAACUGUCAAGCAGACAGAGGUGCACGAAGUCGAGCGCUCGGAGAAACGACUAUCCCGCCAACUCGAGAAUGCAACGGAGAAGCUCAGACGCGCACGCGAGACGGGCGAAGGCAAGGCCGAGGCCGCCCAGAAGCGAAUGCUAGAACUGAAGGAGGCCUACGGCGUUCUCAGCCGCGAGCGCAGUGAACGCGACAAGGAGAUGGAGCGCAAAAAGAUUCGCAUCGAGCGGAUUGAGAAGGAAAUGGCGGACAUGAAGGAGACCGUGGAAGCGGAGGUCGCUGCAGCUCACAAGGAGUUUGCGAAGAUGAAGAGUCAUGUGGAGCUUUACAUGAGUGAGAUGGAGCAGUGUAUUUGAAUAUGACGAUUCAUGUUUUCUUGUUUCGCCCAUUCGGUUCUUAGUGCGCUUGCUAUGGGGUUAUUUUCUUGAUUUGCACCGGGAGGUGGGGGGAGUUUGGGAUUUGUAAUUUUUUUCCUUUUUUAUCGAAAUGUUGCGGCUUAACUUAGGGACUUGUGGUGGUUGGAUGGUGAAUGCUGGUAGUUUUUUUUCCUGGGCUUUGUAGGUGUAAUAUGGAUUCAACGUUCGAGCAAUGUCAUGGGGUGGCUAGACUAUA